GCAAAAAAAAAUAGUCCCUCCGCCUUUGAUCACGAGAAAGACCCUCCUUUGUUUCAUUGCCAACUCAACUCUUAUAUAUAUAGUAUUCGUCAGAAUAGUCUUUCUCCUGCUUUCUUGUUACUUCUCUUCUCUCUGGAACCUGCCAUCCUGCUUUCUCAGGUAUAGUCAUGCAAUUGAUUGUUUGUUCUUGCUCAAAGUUAAAUGGAUUUAUUCAUACCAUAUUUGACAGUAUGAAAUUUUGUUCUUGGAAUUGAAAUUGAAAUCACACACACACACACGGGGGAUUUGUCAUAUACAGGAGGAGGAAGAGAGCUUGAGAGUCGACUAUGAAUAUGAAAAUCUAAAAAUCCUACUAAGGAAAUUACAUGAAUAUUGCGAGAGACAGUCGAAUCAAAAUACGUCUAAACUCUUAUCCACACAAAUCCAUUUCGUUAGCUCAACAGAGUGUACCGAUGCAAUUUUUAAGCCUUUUAACUUUCAUUAUGUAACUCAUCCUUUUCAUUGAAUUGCUAAUGCUUAAUUUCUUGUUUUAUAGCUUACUAGAUCAUUUCGCUUCGUUUCCAAUAAUCAUCACCUUAGAAUUGAUCUCUUGUCCCUGAUGAGCAGGAUAUAAACUUUUGACGUUUGACGUGGCAAGGAAAUCUUAGUUAUAGUUCUCUGAAUUUAAUAAUUAAGGUUUUCUUGCUACGUCAACUGUGGAAAUUUUUUAUCCUAUUCAUUGGCGAGGAGAUCAAGUUCGAUCAUCACCUUGCAUCUAUUUUUCUCUUCACGAAGUCUAGUUUUUUGGACUCCACAUUUCUUUAUUUCUUGUCUAAAACAAUUUGAUCUUUUAAAUGAGGGGAAAUAUGGUUGUAAGAGCUUGAAAUUUAGAGUUGGACUGGGUAUGGGACUUUGGGUGGAUUACAUCUUUUCUUGGAUAACUAUAUGGAGGAAAAGAAAAUGUUGGGUCAAUUUUGUGAAGUAAAAUAGGUAGGACCAAAAAAAUAACACAAACUUGAUAUUUGGCAAUAGCUCGAUAUUAGAAUACACAAGUCGUUCUAUUUACUAGAAAAAUGAAUCGCAUCUGCAUGUGAAGAGCUAACACCCAUUGUUUCUUGAUUAUCGUCAACUUGGAAUAUGGUAUUAUCCUUUCAUACUAACAAUUAAUCAAUUCUGUGAAACUAAUUUCUCUUCAAUGGAUCAAUUUUGACUCAGGUGUAACAUGGCAACUGUUACUAUUCCUUCACCUCUCUUGCUAAAAGCUUCACCAUCAAGGAAAACGUGUUUUACAAUGAAAAAGGACUACUCGUUGUGCUCUGUAAAGCGUGUUUCAAAAUCAUUUGGUUUGCAAUCCAAUUCCAUGUUCAAAGCACGAGCCAUGGCAGUGUACAAAGUGAAACUGAUUUGUCCAGAUGAAGAGAAAGAAAUUGAAGUCCCUGAUGAUCAAUACAUCCUUGAUGCUGCUGAAGAUGCUGGAAUGGAGUUGCCCUAUUCGUGUCGGGCCGGGACAUGCUCGACUUGUGCCGGGCUGAUGGUGUCGGGAUCAGUUGACCAAUCAGAUGGAUCGUUCCUUAGCGACGAGCAAAUGGAGAAGGGGUACGUGCUUACCUGCAUUUCGUACCCUAAAUCCGAUUGUGUUAUUUACACGCACAAGGAAGAAGAACUCCAUUAAGAGAUAGAAUGGUCAUUUGUGACUAUUGGAUCGAAAAUGUUGUAUUCAUAUGAAAUAGACGUAACUUGAAUAUUUACGAUUUUAACUCGAUUGUUUGCACAACGA